AGACAGACCGAGAUGGCGGACAGGAAACGUAAGAAGGGUUACUGGCGCGGCGCGAGGAAGCGUCAGCGGAUGAGCUUGGAGGUCGGCAUGAAGGGCAUUCUCAUCACCUGCAACAAGAACGAGAAGGCCUGCGUCCGCGAGGCCUACAACCUCCUCAACGAGUACGCAGACCAGAUGUAUGGCCCCGAAAUCACACCCUCAGAUUCGGGCUCCGAAUCUGAGGAGGAGGAUGUGGAGGCCGCGCUCGCUAAGGAAGUGGCGCAGAUGAAGGAAAAGUCUGGGAAGGACAAGCGGAGGUUCCAGGCAAUGGACAGCGGCGCCAACAAUGUGGUCUUCAUCCAGUCCCAGCUGGAGAGUCCCGACAAGCUCGUCCACCAUAUUCUGGACGACAUCAACGCGUCUAAGAAGUUCAAGACGCGGAACGUCUUGAGGAUGAUACCCGUGAUGUCUGCCUGUAAGGCUUACCUGGAGAAUGUGAAGAAAUCUGCCGAGGAGAUGUUCCCCAAGUUCUUCUCCGGUGAAGACAACCCAAGCUACGCCAUCGUGUUCAAGACAAGGAACAGCGGGACCAUGAAACGUGACGAGGUCAUCAAAGCGCUGGCGGGGGUCGUGUCGGAGGUCAACCCGGCGUGCAAAGUGAACUUGAACUCUCCUGACCUCGCUAUCGUGAUCGAGGUGAUCCGGACAGUCUGCUGCAUGAGUGUGCUCAAGGACUACUUUCUCCUGAAGAAGUACAACAUCCAUUCCAUUGUGGAGGGGACCAAAGAUGACCCCAAGCCUCGAGAGGUCAAAGAUCAGGGGGCUCCGAAAGGUGACCUUGAAGCUGCAAAUGGGUCAGAUGGUCAGGAGGACAAAGGUGACGUCAAAGUGCAAGAGACAAAGGCUGAAGGUGACAGUGGAGCAUCUGAUAAGAAUAACUCGGGGGUUAAAGUUAAAGAUGAUGUGCCAGUAGUAGACAAUGAUGUCACAAGUCAAGGGUCAAAGGUUGUAGAAACUGAUGCAGAGGGGCAGCAGACGAACAAAGAAGUGGAAGCAACAAAAGAGUAGUAAGCUAGGUUGAUCAUGGAGAGGGUUGAACAAAUUAAGGCCGCUUGAUCAUAAAUGACAUAUCUUUGUUUGUCAACUAUGGUAAAACUUUGGUUAGCUCAAUAAGAUUUUAUCCUGGCUAGUUUGAAAUUUAGAAAACUUGUUUACAUCUGUAAGUGAAUUUUUCAAUGGUUUUUGGAGAGGUGUCUAGGCAAAGAAUUAAACAAA